UGUGAAGUGGUACAGUCCAGGAACUCGAAACAUUUUGCGGGAAGCUGUGAAGCAACGAGCAGCGGGUUGUUUUCAAAGUGGAACCUGAAAUUACAGCUGCGGUUCUCCGCCAUGAGGUAACCCUCUGCACAGUACUGCCAUGGAGGAAGAUUUAAAUGUCUUAGUGGAGGGACAGAUGGACAAAGGAAAAGCAGGAAGAGGGGACAAUCAUCAGAUAAAGGCGAAACGGCGUGGAGCUGCGGUGAGGAGGGGGGUCGCAGAGACGGGAGGCGAAAAAACGAAGAUAAGGAGAAGAACUCCUGCAGAGAAGUUCAAAACCAGACCUGGGAAAGGAGGAAAAGGAGUGAAAAAACAGGGAGAACCUGAGGCCCCCGCCAGUGAGGAGUCAGACACCAGCGUUACCCCCCACACGAGCACCAAACCUCCCCCAAAGGCCAACAUUCGCAGUCAAGUAAUUGGGAAGAGGAGGAGCGCUGGAAAGACCUCUGCAUCAAGGCCAUUGAAAAAGCAGCAGAUGAAGGACAUGGAGAGAGAGAAUGAAUCAGACAGUGGAACCUCCAAUGACUCUGAAUCACAGAAUCCAAGUCCGAAGAAGGCCAGAGGGUUUGAUUUUGGCAAAAGCAGAAAGUCUUCAUCAGGCAGCAAAUCUGCAGUAGCUGAGAGGUCCAACACCGAUAAACAGAGGAGCGAGAGACGUGGUCGUCAGGCAACAACAGAGUUAGAGGUGGUGCUGGAUGCAUUCCUUGAUUUCUGUGACGAGUACAGGGAGUCUGUGGCGACUAAAUCUGUCAAACAGUCCAUCGAUUCCUUCUCCUCCAAUGUCAAAGAGCAAAUCCUGGAAAAGGUCUCUACACACAAGGAGCUCAGGGUUCUAAAAAGAGAAAAUGCCAAGGUGGCUUCUUUGAUAAGCACAAAGACACAGAGACUGUUGGAUGCCAAACAUGAGCUGAUGAGUGCAGAGAGACAGGUGAGGCUGCUACAAAAGGAGGAAGCUGAACUUGAGCUGCGUUUAGAUGAUCUGAAACGAAGCCGUGCCUUCCUCAAUGACAUCAGAGAACUCAACCAGCAGUACCUCGGCUACCGACAAGAACACCCCAAAGAGCAAGAGACGUACGGGGCGUCCAGCUUACCGGCUCUGCUGCUGGAGGCGAAGCAUAUUCAGGCGGCAGAGCAUCAGCUGAAAAAACUUAAUGACCAAAUGGAAAAGAGGCUGAAGAAGAGUGAGACUUGUAAUUAAUACAAUGUAGAAUAAUGUCAUACACACAGAUAAACACACACACUCAAUGCACGUAUGUUGCAAAUAAAAUAUGAGCUGUACUACAGCUACUGGAUUUUUAAGGCCAGAAGCAGCUUGACAUCUUCAAUUACACUCAGUUAAACCUCCUUCAACCACCAUUUUGUCCACUCAGACCAUGAGUGGAAUUAUGACUCACUGUUUGUUUACAGGUUACAAGUAUUCAAAGCACAUUUCCUGUCUUUGUGUAAUAUGAGCUGUACAAACAUCAAUAUGUUUCCUUUCUUGAUAAAAUAUUAAAGUUCUACUUUCAA